UUUGCUAUAAGUAGCCAGGAGAGAGUAUGCAUGGGCUGGGAAAGCAGCUAGCUAUGUCGAGAAGCAAGCAUCGAUUUAGAGGCGGCUGCCAUAGCAACGGCUGAAAAGAAACAUAAUUCAACUUUAGGUCGACAACGCAAUUAGGCAGCUUUCUGUGGAAAAAAAGCGGUCACGUGUUGCACUAGGCACCCAGAGCGCUCGUGGGCGCUUUCCGUUACGGCUGCUCCGCGAGCCCGUCGCCGGGAUGGAGCUCGCGCCAGUCCGCCGGAGCGGACGUCACUCAUCCUCUGACAGCUGAAAUUUCGGCCGCAUUCAUUGAAACGUCCCCUGCCGUCUCGCCGCGACGCUGUCGGUGCCGCACGGGCGUCUUCGCGUAAAGCGCCCGCGACAUUUCCACUGUUUACACCGCGUUGAGAUAAAGUAACGAGCUAACAGGGUACUUUCCUAGAAGGAAACAUAGUCUGCAGCCAGACCAGUUGCUUGUAAGUUGAAGGACCAUUUCUUCGAAUAACUGGCUAAUACGUAGCUGACAUUUUCAGUGCGAUGGAAGAAAAAAAACGAGUGUGUCCGUUGUCGUCGGAUGCAACGUAGAUUUGGGCAUAUAAAAGGAUCGCGUCAGCAAAAGUGCGCACAGAAAAAGAAAGGAGAACAGAAGCUGCAGAAGAUUUAGGGAGGAGUUUGCUUUCUGUGAUGGUGUGAGAAUGAAUGCUGAUGACUGCAAUGGCCGUUCCUAUAUGUCAGGGAGUGGAGACUCAUCGAUGGAGAGGGACUUCUCUGGAGGCAUGGGGGGGGCUACAGUUAGCACACCCAACAGUCAACACUCUUCUCCCAGCCGGUCCCUCAGCGCCAACUCCAUCAAGGUAGAGCUGUACAACGAUGACCAGCUGGGCUGCAUAGCUCGUCCGGCCAAGAGGGCAGGGGAGCGUGACGAGGCAUGGAAGGACGAGCGACUGGACCCUGUGGAGGGGGGGGGCCUGGAGCUGGGCGGCGUGGCUGGCGGGGGGGCAGGCGGCGGCGGAAGCUAUGGCGAGCUGGCCAGUCCUGAGCCCACUUCCCCAGGGCCAAUCCGGCUUCCCAAUGGAAAGCUGAAGUGUGACAUUUGUGGCAUGGUGUGCAUCGGGCCCAACGUUCUGAUGGUGCACAAGCGCAGCCACACCGCCCUGUGUGCCAUGCCAGGUGAGCGCCCAUUCCAGUGUAACCAGUGCGGCGCCUCCUUCACCCAGAAGGGCAACCUGCUACGGCACAUCAAGCUCCACUCUGGGGAGAAGCCCUUCAAGUGCCCCUUCUGCAGCUAUGCCUGCCGGCGCCGGGACGCGCUAACGGGACACCUCCGCACCCACUCUGUGUCCUCCCCCACGGUGGGGAAGCCCUACAAGUGCAGUUACUGCGGCCGCAGCUACAAGCAGCAAAGCACGCUGGAGGAGCACCGGGAGCGUUGCCAUGGCUACCUGCAGAGCCUGGAGGCCCAGCCCACGCCAGGCAGCCACGUACAUGGUGAGGAGAUGCGGGACGUGGAGCUGGUGACAGACCCUCUGCUCCAGCCUUCCACGGACAAGCUGACAUUCAUCGACCGCCUGGCCAACAGCAUCACCAAGCGUAAGAGGUCGACACCUCAGAAGUUUGUGGGACAGAAGCACAUGCGCCUCAGCACAGCCGACGGACAUUAUGAACAUUAUCCUCCCAUCGACAAGGAUGGGGAUGAGCUGAGCUCCCUGCACAGGACUGCUGACUCCUCCAACUUCACGGGUGUCAUUAGCAGCUACCUUGGGGGCCCCGUGGGAGGAGGUGGGGGCCAAGAGUCCAUCCGCUCACUCCGGCUGCCCCCCCAGCACCCCGCCAGCGUGCCGGAGUUCACGUCCGUCAUCAGCUCCUUUUACAAUCAGCUGGGCCAGCCAGGGCAAAGAACAGACUCCGGGGGGGGUGUGGCAGGGGGCGUGGCCUUGGGACUGGGAGGACGGGAGGCAGGGGAGGGCCACGAGGACCUGCCCCCCAGCUGCGGUCAUGUCGCCUCUCCGAGCAACGGCUGCCAGGAUUCCACAGACACAGAGAGCACGCCGGAAGAGCAGCCCGCGGCCACCAGCGCCGGUGGGGACUCCGAGCAGCACCCAACUCCCCCGGUGGCCCGCAGCUCUGGCCAAGUGCGAGAGAGCGACAGUGAGCCACAGCGGGACGAGGGCAGCGUGGCGCUGCGGCCCGGCAACUGUGAGGUCAGGGUGGUGGACAGCGAGGGCCGGCCAGUGCGCUCCUUUCGCUGCACGCACUGCCGCGUCCUCUUCCUGGACCACGUCAUGUUCACCAUCCACAUGGGCUGCCACGGCUUCCGCCAGCCAUUCGAGUGCAACAUCUGUGGCCACCGCAGCCAAGACCGCUACGAGUUCUCCUCACACAUCGUCCGUGGGGAGCACACUUUGGGCUGAGGUAUGGGAGCCGCGGGGUUGGGGGGUGGGGCGGGUAGGGGAACGGUGGUGCGGGCCGGAGGGGAGAGGUGAAUGCACAGGGAGGGCAGCACGGGUUCGAAAAGCACUGUGUGUGCAGGAGGUGAGGAUGGGUUAGGGUUUGAUCUGCACUGAACUGGAGACGGGAACUGAAGAGGAGAUGAGCUGUUGUGGGAGAAGUUUAGUCAAGGGAUGAUCGGCAAAUUAUAAUUGCACUCUAUUUUCCAGAAUGCAGUUGUUUUGCCUCAGAAGUGCCUUCUUCCUGUGUGGUUUGCCCUCUUUGAAGUGGGGGGGGGGUUGUUGGGGGAGGGGAGGGGAGCAUUCGCACAGCACAAACCCACACUUGACCCUGUGUAACGGGCUGUCAGGGACUGGUCAUAACCAAGAGUGGUGACUCGGAGGGCAGCUGGAUAAUUUUCUAGGUCACAGAACUUCUUUUGACAGCCUGAAUCUUGGACACAGGAUUUAAUAAUCACACUUUGGGAUGGGGGCGGGGGGAUGCAGGGUCACUGCCAUCCAUCUCGCUUCAGCGUUUGUGUGGGCACCAGGGCCCAGUAAGAGUGUGGUCCGCCACUCCUGACUGGGAAGCCAAAAGUCGAAAUGGUCAAAGUGGGCGUACGUUGCCUUGCCAGAAGCACCAUGUCUACCUAGAUCUGCACAUCCACAGCAUUACGCACAUGGCUGUUUUACAGUCUCAGGAGGCUGUCUGUCUAUUCUUCACAUAAUACGCCUGCAGACUUAUAUUUCUAUAUAAUAUUGCAGAGUGUCAAAGGUCUCCCAAAAUGGGGAAUAUCACAUAUCACAGAAUGAGCAGCUCUCAUUCAGCACAAGUGAAUGUUGAGCUUCAGACCCAGUAUACAGAAGCUUUCGUAGACAUAUGACAUGGGAAAUCUUGUCUACUCCUUUCCUUCAUGGUACUGCUUUAGACUGCACGUCAAUGGUGAAGAGCGUCAUUGGUCUGGAUAUUGCACCUUUCCUCACCAUCCUCCAGUAGACGGUCAUAUUUGAGCAGUUCCCAUGAAGCUCUCCUUGGAAUUGUGAAUGUUAAGGUGCAGAUCAGAUUGAGCCACGUGAAACAAAUUGGUUCUUUUGAGGAACCAUAGGGGAGGGAGGGUCCCUCUGAUAAGGAUUUGCACUUUCUAAUUUUCCUGCUUUUUCUGUGUGUGUUUUUUGUGCUUUGGGGGGGGGCUUUUUUGACAAAGAUGUGAUACAUUAUGACAGACUCUGUGGUGGUGAUGAUGAUUAUGAUGAUGAUGAUGAUGAUUGACCCGUGUUCCAUGAACACUGGUUUUGCACUGAUUUAUGCCUAUAUGGCGUUUAGAAAAUAAUUUACUGAAGAAUGGAAUUUGAAUGUCAAACAUCCAAUGUAGAUUAUUAUUAUUUUAAAUAUUUAAAUACUCUUUAUUAACAAGAGGUCUUAGAGCUCCUAAUAUUCUGAUGUAUAUUUUAUUGUCUCCACUCUUGCUCUCAAAAAUACUACAUUAUAGGGGACAUUCCUUUUUAAUCUGGCUAAAAUGUAGAUCUGAAUUGGUCAAGGAAACUUGUAAUACAGCCAGAAAACACAGAAGAUGAAAGCAUCAUUUCAAUGACUCUUUAUUUUCAAAGGGUUGAUUCCUGGCAAGGAGGGGAUGUCCAUGUUGUUUAUCGUGGAGAUACCAGCUAGGCUGGUUAUUCCCAGAACUUUAUGAUUGAAUAGUUAUGCCACGUUCUUAAAAUUCAAGAAUAAAAACUAUAAGCAAAUUAUUUAUAUGACUAACUAAAAAGCAUUGAGGAGACCAAAUACAUUAUUUAUUACUUGCAAGGUAAAAAAAAAGAAAACUUGGAAUUUAGAAAUGUAAAGCAAAUUGAAAACCAGGAAGUUUUCUUAAAUAGUUGUUUUAUUAUAAAUGUGGUAAGAUGCACUUAGUCUGUCACAGAUAUAUUUUGAAAGAGAGAAGUGUGUGCGUGUUUUUGUGUGAUGGCAAACAGACUGUGUACUUUGGGGAAGGGGUGGGUGUUGCAACAUGCGUGUUCAGCUUCAUUUCUGCAGCAGAUUGUCACCAUCUCUUAAUCCCAACUAGUGCUGUUUUAUUUGGGCUUAAGUUUACUCAAAGCCCUUACAAAGAAAAGACAAGUUUUUAUAUGAGACAGGAAGCAAUGGGUAAAUGGAAAAAGAAAGGAUUUUAACGUCACUGAAACUGCUUGGGAUUUUUUUCGAGUUCCUUGUCUUUAAAUAUUUGAGGAAAAAAUCUAUGACAAAGAAAAAACUCUUUACCUCAUAUUUGUAUACAUAUAUAACUGCCUCAUGUUUUGGAGAAGUUGUGUAGUUUUGAAAGGUAUUGCUUUUUGAUUUGGUUUUAAGGGGGAGAAGUGUAACAGUUCUGUUUUGUUAAGUAGUUUUUCAUGUCCAAUAAAUACAUUGAAUAAAGUACUAUUUGUUGUAAAA